CCAUUUUUUGACCAAACGAAGCAUCAGCAGAGCUGAGCUCUGCGUCCGCCAUUAUUCCCUCUCACUUACUGAGUACUGAGUCUGCCCCUUCAAAAUAAUUCAAUCUCCACACCCCACUGCUCCACCACUGAACCCUUUCUCUCUCUAAAACAUGGUGGAUUUCUGAGCAGGAGGAGCCUCGAGCCUUUGAAGAAUCAUGUAGCAGCAGCAGCGCCAGUCAGUCACUGGAUGAACAAUUUCUGUACCCCUUUUCCAUUGUCUCUAAAAGCGCACAAUCUUCUCAACAAACCAGAGGAAUGUCGCUUUCAAUUUGAAUUCCCAUAAAUCGUCGCUUGAUUCGUUUUUGGGUUUUCUGAUUAGAUACUUAAAUUCGCGGGUUGCGACGCGGCGGCGAUAUGGGCGGCGUGACCUCUUCCAUGGCGGCCAAGUUCGCGUUCUUCCCGCCGAACCCUCCUUCCUACAACCUCAUCACCGAUGAUCUUACCGGCCUUUUGCUUCUUAGCCCUUUUCCCCACCGCGAAAACGUUGAGGUUCUGAAGUUACCCACUCGCCGGAGCAACGAUAUCGUCGCCGUCUAUGUCCGGCAUCCGAUGGCGACUUCCACUCUGCUGUACUCGCACGGCAACGCCGCCGAUCUGGGCCAAAUGUAUGAGCUCUUCAUCGAGCUUAGCAUUCACCUGCGCGUUAAUCUAAUGGGGUACGACUAUUCGGGUUACGGUCAAUCAUCUGGAAAGCCAUCUGAGCAAAAUACAUAUGCAGAUAUUGAGGCUGCAUAUAAGUGUCUUGAAGAAAGCUAUGGUACUAAGCAGGAAGAUAUCAUCCUAUAUGGUCAAUCUGUUGGGAGCGGUCCGGCUUUGGAUCUUGCAGCUCGACUUCCUCGCUUAAGAGCUGUUGUUUUGCAUAGUCCAAUACUUUCUGGCUUAAGAGUCAUGUAUCCUGUGAAGCGCUCGUACUGGUUUGAUAUUUAUAAGAAUAUCGACAAAAUUUCACUGGUUAAUUGCCCGAUUCUUAUUAUUCAUGGAACUUCAGAUGAUGUGGUUGAUUGCUCCCAUGGCAAGCAACUUUGGGAACUCUGUAAAGAGAAAUACGAACCGCUAUGGCUAAAAGGUGGAAACCACUGUAAUCUUGAGCUCUAUCCUGAGUAUAUUAGGCAUCUACAGAAGUUUGUAGCAACGGUCGAGAAACCUCCGUCCCAACGAUACAGUGCUAGAAAGAGUACAGACCAAUAUGAGCAGCCUCGGAAGAGCACGGAUUUUUUCGAGAUUCCAAGGAAGAGCACGGACCGGAGAGAAAAGCCGAGGCGGAGCACCGAUCAACCAGAGAGGCUGAAGAAUCACUCCAGUGCUACUGAUAAAUUAGAAAAGCUCAGACUCUCGUUUAAUCAUGCGGAAAGGUCCCGCAGAAGUGUUGACUGCCAUGAAAAGUCACGGAAAAGCGUCGACCACCAGCUGGAAAGAGCAAGAAAGAGCGUCGAUCGGCUUGAUAGAAUACGAACCGGGUGACAAAGACAACCAAGGUAGAUGGGAUGUGGAUUCAAAAUGUAGCGAUGAUGAUUACAAAGAAGCCAUAGUCAAAGGUUGAUGAUGAAGGUAAUUUAUUUGAAUACCAAAAAGUGUUGGAAAUUGAAGACAUGGUGGCUGAAAAAGGAGCAUGCGCAGCUCAGUCUGAACUGAACUGAAGAAGACUUUGCAUUUGCAGCAGAUGGAGGGAGGGGUAGAUUUUGACUUUCUGUCACACUUUCACUCUCUUUUUCAAAGCUUUCUUCUGCAGAAUCUAUGAUGUCUGGUCUCCAAACAGACAUGAAAAUGCUUGCAAAGUUGUCCCUUUUCGGCCGCCUGUCGUUUGACCUUCUUGCCACGAAUCUUUUUGUUCGAGGACCGAAUCUUCAAUCUCAAGAAAGGUAAUCAAUACUUUAUUUAUUGAUUGAGUUAUAUUUAGAUUGACUCUUCUCGUGACUAUGGUCUCAAGUUAAAGAUGUUCAGUUUUUCUAGAACAAAACUUGUGUAAUAACGUGUUUUGAAUUGUAAACGUUGUUUUUAUCUUGGUUUCUUCCAAAUUGGUUUUACGGAUGGCAUGUUUUUUUUUUUGAAC